AUGGGAACUCGUCCUCGUACGUUUUUAGCGCAGCAGUAUCAGGGUGGUACGGAAGUAUUCUUUCCACGUUCCAAUACGAGAGACUUCAGCCGUGCGGCCGCUGCUCCUACAUAUAGAGGCGCUGUAGAAUCGAAUUUCGGUGCCUUUGGAGCAGAGAGGAAAAGGGACUAUUCAAAUGGUCGUGAAAUGGAUCGCACUUCUGACAAGCGUGGCUCGGGUCGUUAUGAUAGAAAUGAAGCAGUCGGACGGAACGAUUCAAGAGAUGUGGGAAGAGGGGCUAUGGAGGCAAACGGACAAGCAUCGGAUAGCAAUGGCAAUCGAUACAGAUAUUUGGAUGAAGGAUGGUACAGUGCGUACAAACCGCAGCCACCAACAAACGCCACCUCGAACUACUUCUCAGACAGUGUUCGUGAACGCGACUAUCGUGGUACUGGUAAUGGAUACGAAACUCAGCCAUCCACCAGAGCUGCACCAGAUCGCUAUCGCUACGGCAAAGGUGCAGAAUCUGCUCGUGGAACGGGAAUUGAUACGGGGCCGUACAGCGUUGUGAAUUCUGGUUUGUUUCCAUCGUUCCAUCGCGGCUCUUCAAGGCUUCCAUACUAUACAGAUGGAGAUCAAACGUGGGCAGUGGAUCGCGCUAUUAUUAGUAGAACAAUAAUUAGUUAA